GGAUCUUGCCGCUUGCAGUUCCCGGCACGGCCGCCAGGGGCCGCCGGGCUCUUUGUUUUCCUUUCUCGCCCGUGGUUGGGGCCAGAGGCCUGCAGAGCGCAUGCUCUGGGGCAGUUCGCGGCCCGCGGGCGAGCGCUGGAGUUCCUUGUGGCCGACCUGCAUCGAGGACAGGAAGAUGCCACCCAAGCGCAUAACUAAGAGAAGGUCACCCCCAGAAGAUGCCAUACCCAAAAGCAAGAAGGUGAAGGUCUCACACAGGUCCCACAGCACAGAACCAGGCUUAGUGCUGACACUGGGCCAGGGUGACGUGGGCCAGCUGGGACUGGGGGAGAAUGUGAUGGAGAGGAAGAAGCCAGCCCUGGUGUCCGUUCCAGAGGAUGUUGUGCAGGCCGAAGCUGGGGGCAUGCACACCGUGUGUCUAAGCAAAAGUGGCCAGGUCUACUCCUUCGGCUGCAAUGAUGAGGGUGCCCUGGGAAGGGACACAUCAGUGGAGGGCUCAGAGAUGGUCCCUGGGAAAGUGGAACUACAAGAGAAGGUGGUACAGGUGUCAGCAGGAGAUAGUCACACAGCAGCUCUCACCGAUGAUGGCCGUGUCUUCCUCUGGGGCUCCUUCCGGGACAAUAACGGUGUGAUCGGGCUGUUGGAGCCCAUGAAGAAGAGUAUGGUGCCUGUGCAGGUGCAGCUGGAUGUGCCUGUGGUGAAGGUGGCCUCAGGAAACGACCACUUGGUGAUGCUAACAAUUGAUGGCGAUCUCUACACCUUGGGCUGUGGAGAGCAGGGACAGCUAGGCCGUGUGCCUGAGUUAUUUGCCAACCGUGGUGGCCGGCAGGGCCUUGAACGACUCCUGGUCCCCAAGUGUGUGAUGCUAAAAUCUAGGGGAAGCCGGGGCCAUGUGAAAUUCCAAGAUGCCUUCUGUGGCGCCUAUUUCACCUUUGCCAUCUCCCGUGAGGGCCAUGUAUAUGGCUUUGGACUCUCCAACUACCAUCAGCUUGGAACUCCAGGCACAGAAUCUUGCUUCAUACCCCAGAACCUAACAGCCUUCAAGAACUCCACCAAGUCCUGGGUGGGCUUCUCUGGUGGCCAACACCAUACAGUCUGCAUGGAUUCAGAAGGAAAAGCAUACAGUCUGGGCCGGGCUGAGUAUGGGCGGCUGGGCCUUGGGGAAGGUGCUGAGGAGAAGAGCAUACCUACUCUCAUCUCCAGGCUGCCUGCCGUCUCCUCAGUGGCUUGUGGGGCCUCUGUGGGGUAUGCUGUGACCAAAGAUGGUCGUGUUUUUGCCUGGGGCAUGGGCACCAACUUCCAGCUGGGGACAGGGCAGGAAGAAGACGCGUGGAGCCCCGUGGAGAUGACAGGCAAACAGCUGGAGAAUCGUGUGGUCUUGUCUGUGUCCAGUGGGGGCCAGCACACAGUCUUAUUAGUCAAGGAUAAGGAACAGAGUUGAUGAAGCCUCUGAGGGCCUGGCUCCUGGCCCCUCCCCCAAACUCCCUCACAGAACAACAAAGCAGUGACAACUACAGAUGCUUGCAGGCCUCUCUCCCCAGCUCUGAACACUGUGUCAUCUCCUGCCUUUUUACCAUCCGCAGAACAGAAUCCUUUUCCUUUUAUUUCUUCUCUUUGGGAAUUAUCCUGGGACCUGCAGGAUGACGGUGUGGAGGGAUGGACAGGGGGCUUUUCAGAAGGAACACUGCUGCAUCCCAGAGCUGUGUGGUUAGACCUUUUCUCCCAUUUCCCUACCUUCCAUGGUCCUGGCUUGCCCUGGCUUUGCCUACCAUGAAACCAAAACUUCCUUCCCUUUGGGGGUUUGGUACCCACACUCUGAGUGGGGCUUCAUCAAGCCCCACUCUAGUCCUUUUCCUGCCCCUAACAAAAUACAGGCAGACAAAUGGUACAGUCAUCAGACCCAGCUAUCAUGGACCCACACCUGGGGCAAUUGAGAAAAGGGCAGGGCUACAUGGCUGUGAACAACCCUAAGCCAAAUAUUUGGCUCUGAAUAGGUGUCCUUGGGACAAAAAAGAAUG